ACUUUUGCUUUAACCAAGACCUGUACGGCCAAAGGAAAGGAAGGCAAGACAACACAUUGAGAGGUCUUGGCUACAACAGCGGCCUCUGUGCCUAUUAUCAUGUCGCCCUCGGCGAAGACAAGGCUGGAACCUACAGUGGGACUGACACCGCUGCCCACGAAAUCGGCCACCUUCUAGGCGCCACACAUGAUGGGUUGCCUCCUGAGCGUAACUAUCUCGGCAAACCAGGCUCCCUGAUGUGCUCAGUUUUUCAUGGCUACCUUAUGAGCUACAUAAAGAGGGGUGCGGCCAGUCAUCACUACUCGAACUGCAGUCUCGCCCAGAUGCGAUAUUGUGUCAGCCGUGUGAGGCCCUCAUGCUGGAAAGUGAAUGCUAAAAAGGUGUGCAACGUAACGAAAAAAUACCCUGGCAUGGAGAUGACGCCAGAAGUUUAUUGCCAGAAGUUAUUUCCUCAUGAACAGAAUGUUACCGCUGACCCGUAUGAAUGGUUCAAGACCGCAUGCAUUGUGCGUUGCUUGUACAAUCCAAGAGGACAAGUGGUCCACACUGGACAUAAGAUGUACAAAGACGUAGACGCGCUGGAACAUACGCCUUGCGGAAAAAGGAAGGCGUGCAUACAAGGCAUCUGUACAGAGAAGCCCUCGAAGAAGAUAAGACACUGAUGAGUUCAAUGCCAACCAGUUCUAUGAUUCACUGAAAUGGAGCUAACAUACAAAACUGCAUACGUGGGAAGCGCUGCGAUCGUUUUAUUUUUCGCAAAUGAAGUUGCCCGGCUGAGACUGUCACUUAAUCAGUGCAGUAUCUUUUGGUCGUCAUCGUUAAAAAACCAAAUCAAUAAAUAACGUUAAAAC